AUGCUGCAUCAAGGUCGGAUCGAGCGCCUCUUCCUGGACUCCAUCCGCGAGCAUGGGAACAUGGUCGUGGAACGGGGGGUGCUUCCGACGUCCUUGGACCUCGAUGAAGACAAGAUGGCUGAUUUCAACGACUAUCCAAUUCAACAUCAUCAAAGUGCCGACGGACAGGAAGAAGCCGUCAGCGAUGGGCUGUUUCGCAGCAACUUGGCCGCGGACGACACGGAUGACCUGAUUCGAUCGACCAAGGCGCAGGCUCCCGCCGACCAGGUCGAGUCCAUCAAGGCCAAGUUUUUCGUCGGCUGUGACGGAGCACACUCCUGGGUCCGUCGUCAGCUGGGAUUACACCUAGAGGGAGAACCGACCGAUUAUAUCUGGGGCGUCCUGGACAUUGUGCCGAUAACCAGUUUCCCCGACAUCCGACAGCGCUGUGAUGCGGUCCAUACGCACUCCCCGAAAGCUGGCCAGGGAAUGAAUGUGAGCAUGCAAGAUACCUAUAAUUUGGGAUGGAAACUAGCCUAUAAUCUGGGAUGGAAACUGGCCCAUGUUGUGAAAGGAUAUAGCGAUGGGUCAAUCCUCAAAACCUAUGAAUCCGAGCGACGAAAAAUUGAACAAGAUCUGAUUACCUUCGACCACCGCUUCUCCCGGCAUUUCUCAGGGCGCCCGGCCAAGGAUAUCAUGGAUGAAAAAGGGGUCAGUAUGGAAGAAUUCAAGGCUGCCUUUGAGAAAGGAAAUGAAUUUGCGAGUGGGAUCACGGUUAAAUACGAAGCAAGUGUUCUUGUUGCGAAAGAGAGAGAUUCGGCUGAGGCAAAAAGCAGUACUACUAUCACCAGCGAACCUCACUUGGCAACUGGAGUUGAUAUCGGAAAGCGAAUGCCGAGCUUCAAAGCGCUCCAACCUCAUCUCUUCGCCGAUUUACCCCCGUCGGACGGGCUGAUCGAAGUUUUGACCAUUCAGGCUGGGCGGAGAAAGAGCAUCGAACUCCUGGACCUACCAGAGCUGUUUCACCCCUAUAGUGAAACAAUGGGUUGGGAUUAUUGGAAAGUCUUUGUGGACGAUGGAUCUUACUAUGAGGGCCAUGGCAAUGCCUAUGCCAAUUACGGGAUUGACCCUGUUCAAGGUGCCAGUCUUAUUAUGCGCCCCGAUCAGUAUAUGAGUUGGGUCGGGGAGGUUGAUGAAUAUGAUGUAAUGGAUAUGUUUUUCACCGGAUUUAUGAAGCCUUAA